CUUAACACCAAAAUUGACAUCGAAAAGUAAAUUACAGAGAAAAAUAUCGAAACUUUGUCCGUCUACUAAGUAUCCGGGACUAGGUGAUUCUCUCUCUUCGUAUGCGCCAUGGCCGCGGCGGAGCAGCCGCUCAAAAAGAGAAGAUUGUACGACCCACCACCAUCAUCUCCCCCAGCACCACCUUCCCAAGCACAAGAACCACCUCAACGGCCACCAACCCCGCCGCCUUUGUCUCAGGAUGAAAUCGUUCGGAGGCGGCGGAGUCAAGAAGCAAUUCGCAAUGUAUUUGAGUGCUAUAAGAAAAUAAAGUCGUGCAUCAACCGGAAGGAUAAGCAUUUUACGCCGGAAUUGGAAGAGGCUUAUCUCUCUUUGAUCACUGCGUCUGGAGGAUGUGCUAGUGUACAACGUCUUGUAGCAGAGUACAUACCACGAUAUGCAUCAUUUUGCCCUGCUGCUCUUGAUGCUGCUGGAAAGGCUCUCAUAAAUAUGCAUAACCAGUGCAUCACCAUGAUUAGUGGGGGAGAAGACAUUAAUGGUAUUGCUUUUGAGACUGCUAAGGCUUGCAUAUUAGGUCUGGUUGAUGUAUGUCAUGCUGCUGCUUCAGAAAACCCAAAUUCAGAAGUUGUUCAAGGGACAUGUUCAGUUGUUUUUCACGAUGUCUUUACAUUUUUUGUCUGCUCUUUCGAGGGAAAGAGUAUCUUUGAUAUUGUUGACUACAGUGUCCUGAAGAUAUAUGAUGUUGCAGAAUCCCUUUCUGAUUUCAAGCGCAAGUUUUUGGAGGAACAUAUUUCAAUAUCACUGAAAUUAUCUAAGCUUCGUGGACUAUGUUUUUUGUCGAUUCUCUUUGGUUUGCCCAAAUAUUCACUUGUCACAUUAUUUGAACUUUUUGAGUCCACGGGGAUGGGGGGAAUUCAGAAAGGAAAGUACCUUCUUCGUGAGUUGACAACUGAACUGGAUUAUGUUAGCGGUCGUCACCUGGAUGAGCGAAAUGGUGAUGAAUCAUCUGAACGUUCCAGCAGAAUGAAAUGUCAAGAGAAGGAUCCUGUUAAUGAGUCUCCUGCAGCAAAGGGAAAUUCUUUAUCAAAUUGUUCUUUCGCCUUAUUAAAGAACUGCUUAUUGGCACUGGUUCUUAGUAAAGACCUGUCAAUCAGAAGUUUGAUUUUUUCAAGGUACAGAAUGCUUUGCGAUUCUGCUUCAUCUGAAAUUGUUUCUGAUAUUACCUCUGUUCUAGAAGGAGUUUUUGAAUCUUUUGUUCAACAAGUAAAAGCAGAAGACAGUCAAAUAGAUAGUGUUGAGGGUAACUCCAAUUCAUCUAAAUUUGCGAGUCAGUGCUCGGUUACUAGAACAUCUAAUCAACAAGGAUCUCCUGUAGUUUCAGGGAGAGGUUAUCCUGAUAAACAUUCAGGCAGCCAUUUGAAAAGGGGAAGCAUAACAGUCAAUGCUGGAAGCGAUUCUUUCAAUGGAGAAUCAAAGUCCGUGGAUUAUAACUAUGGGGACCCUGGUGAUAUGGCCAGUGGUAGAAUGUUCAUGCAAAGGGAACUGUUGAACAGACAGUCUUUCUCACCUAGAGCAAGAACACCAAGGGAUUUGAGAAGUAAUUCAUUUAGUAACCGAAGCCAUUCUGCCCAGAUAGAGAGAAGUCCAAUUUCAAACAUGGACCUUGCUCCACCUACCUUAAGAUCCUCCAGUGGAGCUGCAAAUUCUCCAUUUGAGUCUCCCAAGCAAAAUGUUCCUCCGCCCCAUUCUUCAGGAAACCAUUCAAUAUGGUAUUCAGAUGGAGACCCAGCUGCUAUGGAUAUAUUUCCAGCUUCAAAACAACUCUGGCUGGGAUCGUUAGGUCAUGACGUGUCUGAAAUGCAUAUAAGGUUUCAGUUUGAGAAGUUUGGUAUUAUAGAUCAAUUGCGAUUUUUUCCAUUUAAAGGUUUUGCCACUAUUGAGUACAGAAAUAUGAUGGAUGCUUUAAAGGCUAGAGAAGUUAUGCGCGGACGUUCUCCUUGGGGUGCCUGCCUUCGGAUAAAGUUUCUGGAUGCAGGAUUAGGAACAAGGGGGUCUAUAAAUGGUACUGCUGUUGGUUCAAGCUGCCAUGUUUAUGUUGGAAGUGUUCCAAGUGUAUGGGCCAAGGAUGAGAUGGUACAUGAAGUUAAGAAAAUACUCCACAAGGGCCCUCGCAUGGUUAUUGAUCUUAGCGCUGAAGGUGCAUUGCUGAUGGAAUUUGAUUCACCUGAAGAGGCCACCAUCUCGAUAGCUCAUUUGCGGAGGCACCGCAAGGAAAACAGUAAUUACUAUCCACAUCCCUCCAACGCUGGUCCACCUAAUGUAAUGAUGCAUGCUGAAGGUGCAAAACCUGGUCCUCCUUCUCAUCACGUUGACACUAGAAAUGCUUUCCCUUCUAACAGCAUGAUUGGAUCACCUCAUGCUCCAACUAUGCUCGAGAAACCUCCUGAGAGUUACCUGACAAGGACCUCGGCUUUGCCUUCUUUACUUCUACAGUUACGUGCUAAAUAUAAUAUUAGUAACUCUCAAGGGCCUUUUGAGAAUCAUGCAACAGCUGCACUCAUGCGAGAACAAGAACGAUUGCCGACAAACAUGCUUUGGAUUAGUUUUCCAAAUAAAAACUCUGCAUGUAUCACUGAGGAUGAGCUUUUGGCUGUUUGCAACAUUGCAAUUAACAACAAUGGAUCUGUUCGCAUGAGUAGAACAAGUAUGCCAUCAGGUUCCAAUUGGCUGGUCGAGUGCAGCAGCACAGAUACAGCAAGUACUUUAUUCAAGAACUUGCGAGAGUGCCCUGGGGUUUUUUUCCAGAUAGACUUCAGUAAUUCUCAGAUGCACCAUGGCCCUGCUCCUUCAGUGAGACCUGACGUCAGUUCUCUGGAGCUUACAUCACCAAGAAUGAGUCUGGAAAAUUGUGUCCCUCCGAUGCAACCUGCUUAUGCAUUCCAGUCGACAUGGACGGCUGGUGGAAUGAUGGAAGUUGGAAGAACUGGUGCAGCUGAACAAUCAUGGAUGUAUGGAAGACUGGAGAGUGGAAUGCAUUCUGGACACACUUCUGGGCCAUCUAUUCCACCACCACAGCCUGCUCAAACAUCUUCAUUCAAUAGACCUGUGUAUCCACCUCCUAAUAGUUUAUGGGAUCCUCGUGGGAUGAGCCACCAUCUGCAUCAAAAGCCAAUCCAUUCUGCCGCAAUGCCUGCUAAUGCUCAUGCUCAUAUGCAAGGCCCACCAUUUUUACCUGCUUCUGUGACCCCACUGGCACAGAUCCGGGGAAGUUCUGCAGCACCAUUUGAUCAGAUGUUCUCUGUGCCUGUUGUUCCUCCACCAUUAUCAUCUUUACCGCCACCUCCGCCAUUAUCAUCUUUACCCCCUCAGUCUGAUUUUCGUCCUCCAUUGCCUCCUCACCCGGAGUUACAGCCUCCACUGCCAACAACACCUCCACCUCCGCCUCCACCUCCACCUCAUUCCCAGCCCCCUGCAUUUCCUCCUCCUCCUCCUAAUUCUCCACCCCCACCAUCUUUAGCUGCCGAUGCAGACAAUUUUAAGUCGUCCUCACUUUAUCCCUGGCAGGGGAUGUUGAGUAAAAGUGGAGUUUACUACUGUACAAUACACGCACAAAGAGCAGAUUCUGAUAUCUGUAGCUAUUCAAAUUCCACUGUGGAGCCUACAGAAUGGCCUGUAAAGUUAGAUAUAACAAAGCGAACUGACCUGCGGCAUGUAAAAUCAACGUUUUCUAGUACUCCCCGUCACAGAAAAGAAAUCUGUUGGCUGCUUCCUUCGUCUCAUGGUGAUCAUAAGGGUCUUCAUGAUUUCAUAUCAUACUUGAAGCAGAGAGAGUGUGCAGGAGUAAUCAAAUUACCAGCAUCAAAUACUAUGUGGGCAAGACUACUAUUCAUUCUUCCAUACUCACCUGAAACAUGUUCAUUUCUAUCCAUACCCCCGAAUCCCUCACUUUGCUUGAUUGGUUUGAUUCUUCCUAAAGAUGCAAAUUCUGAACUAUCAUGAUGCUUUGGAAGUUGGAACAAGCCGGGAAAGUGGAGUUCGUUAUUUGGGAUUGUGAAGAUGUGAAUGUUAAUUGUAUUCCUUCAAGGACUAGGAAACAUUAGUUUAGGUAUGCUAGAUUGAUUGUAUUUGUUUUGGGUUCUAGAUUUUGAUAGAACUAUAUAAGGCAGAAUUUGUACCAUGUUUGGUGGGAGAUGUACAAUCUAGUGUUAUAUAAGUUGAUGAAAAGCCUGGAAUAAUUCAUCUGGGGUUUGAUAAUUAUUAAUUUAUUUUACAAACUUAUAUUA